ACCAUUUUUUUUUUAGUUGCGCGGUUUCAAGUCGUAUGACUGCGCAUGCGCAUUGCGCCAUCGUGUGUCUAAGUAAUUUUUGCUGUCAGGGCGCUGCUCUGCAUGUGAUGUCUGUGCAUUUCGAUGAGAGGAGCGGGGUGGUGCCAUGCAAGACUCCCUGGGGUUGCUGGUACCAGACCAUGGAGGAGGUGUUCAUUGAAGUCCAGGUGCCCCCUGGUACACAGAGCCGAGAUAUCCGCUGUAAGCUGGGCAUCAGGGAGAUAGCACUGAAUGUGCGGGACACACACAUCCUACAGGGACGGCUGUAUGAUUCCACGAUAAGCGAUGAAAGCACUUGGACAUUAGAGGACAAAAAACUAAUCCGAAUAGUAUUAACCAAGUCCAACCGGGAUGCUGGCAAUUGCUGGCCAUCUUUACUAGAAGGAGAGUAUUCUGCUGAUCCUUGGGUUCAAGAUGAGAUGCAAAAGAAACUGACACUGGAGAGAUUCCAGAGAGAGGUGAUGAUGUAAAAUAUUUAUUUGCAC